AUGUAUAAUAAGGAAGCGCCCUAUCAAUGCUGCAACAUUCCAGACCUGUUCGAAAUAGAAACUAAUGCAGGAUGCAGUAGUGGAAGUGGGACGCCUGAAGGAGAACGAGUGUUCACCAAUCGUGGGUCACCUGAUUGUGCAGAAAGAACUUGCUUACUCCGGAACAACGAUUUGCUCUUCGACAACGAUGAGAUUGACAAGGAUUCCGUCAGGCAGUACCUGGACCAGUGGGUGGCGAAUAGGAGGGAGUUUACGCUGGCAGUCAAUACUGUUAAAGAUGUAUGUCUUGGUAAGAAGCCUAUGCUUGGACCUAACGAGAUGUGUGACGCGGACAAGCUGCUUUUCUGCAUCAAUUCUAAUUUCUAUAACAAAUGUCCUAACUGGCUAGAGACUGACGCUUGCACUGGAUUGCGACAAUUUUUGGAAGGCUGCAUGCCCUAUUACGAUUAG